AUGGAGGCCGCGCUCUCACAAUGGGUGCAGCGCUAUCAUGACUUCAUGAAAGGAGCAGACCCCAGGAUAGGCCAUUACCCCCUCAUGCACUCGCCUUUCCUGCCUGGCGCCAUACUCCUGUUCUAUGUCUACUUCGUCCUGUCUCUGGGGCCACGGUUGAUGGCCAAUAGGAAGCCCUUCGACCUGAAGCCUUUGAUGGUGUUGUACAACUUCAGCCUGGUGGCGCUGUCUGCGUAUAUCGUUUAUGAGUUUCUCAUGUCUGGCUGGUUGACUGGAUACACCUGGAAGUGCGACCCUGUGGACCAAUCAGAUUCACCAAUGGGCAUGCGGAUGGUUCAAGUGGCCUGGCUAUUCUUAUUCUCCAAAUUCAUUGAGCUCCUUGAUACCGUCUUCUUUGUGCUGAGGAAGAAAAACAGCCAGAUUACAUUUCUGCACAUCUUCCAUCACUCUGUCCUGCCCUGGAGCUGGUGGUGGGGUGUUAAGUUCGGUCCAGGUGGUAUGGGAUCCUUCCACGCCAUGAUCAACUCUCUGGUGCACGUCAUCAUGUACUUCUACUAUGGGCUGUCCGCUGCCGGGCCACGCUUCCAGAAAUAUCUUUGGUGGAAGAAGCACAUGACCGCCAUCCAGCUGAUUCAGUUCGUCCUGGUUUCCAUCCACAUUUCUCAGUAUUACUUCAUGUCCCACCUGUGACUACCAAUUCCCCAUCUUCAUCCACCUCAUCUGGAUCUACGGCACGGUCUUCUUCAUGCUCUUUUCCAACUUUUGGUACCAGGCCUACACCAAAGGAAAACGCCUUCCGAAAUCCAGCCAAGCAGCAUCCAACGGGGAAGUCCACCAAAACGGAAAGGCCAAGAACAGCAAAGCCAAGGAAAACUAG